GCCAGGGGUUGAUACAUACUCCGUAGAAAUUAUCUUUUCGUCCUCUUUUUAAUACUCUCCUCCCUAUCUUUCCUCUCUCCCCUAUCCAACCAAUUGGAUGAAACAAUGACAGCAGUUCCCCUCUGCUCGGAAUCUUCCCUCUGCAGUCCAAUCUUGAAAUUUAACCCUCCCCUCUUUUCCUCUUCCAUCCAUUCGCCUUCUACUGAUAGAAUCAAACUCAAAUUCGGUUCACAUGCCAACUUUAGGGUUUCGACCAAGUCCGCACUCUCUCCUUCUUCUUCUUCUUCUUCGCGAGGGGACUACAAAAGGAACACAGACCAGGUGAUUCCUCCCUACAACGUUCUGAUCACCGGCGGUUCCAAAAGGAAUUGGAUAUGCACUUGCUAAGGAAUUUCUGAAGCCGGGUGAUAAUGUUCUUAUAUGCUCUAGAUCAGGCAAGAGUUUUAUGAAAUGAUGCAAAAAUGCUUCAAAGUCUGGAGUUCUCUACACUUACAUUUACUUGGUCUUGUACCAGAAUGAUAUUUCAUGAGGUAAACAGCUUAGCGUUCAAUGAAAUUUUGUGUACUUUGUCAUAAAAACAGAGGAAUGAUAUAAAGGAUGAUGUAUAAGAAGUUAAUGAGUUUGUUUUGUUUCAAUUAAAUGCAUAGUUAUUAA